UUAACAGUUUAUUUUGCAAUUCUGAACCUAUUGAAUUUUAUUGAUAGAUAACAUUAACACUUCACCUUAAUCAUGUCGAUACAAGUAGAAAAUAAUCUUCGGAACGUAGAAAAUAAAGAAGUGUUCGAACAAAAGGCGCAUUAUAUCCCUUGUAAGGUUGAAGAAGACGGGCCGGCUAAUGUCGAAAAAUAUUUUGAACCGUAUGUUCUUGAGAAGGAUGGAGAACUCACAGCAUCUUUCCGAGGGUACCCUCUAGAUGGGACAAAGAUGACUUUGCCAGAAGGAUACAGAGCUGUUGUCAUUACCGAAGCUAAAAGACCACUAGCUGAAGAUGCUGAGAGGAAAUUCCAGGUAGCGGGCGGUUUCAAAGACUUCACUUACUGGAAUUGGGAUAAAAAGCCUUCUAAAAAUGAUAAUAUGGUGAAGGCUUUAGAUUGGAUUGACAUCAGUGAAGCUAUACACGGCGAUUGAAAACAACAAAUAAAACAACACGUCUCAACAAAAGUAAUUUAUUUAAAGACAACAAUGAACUAGCAAGUUAAUUACAAACGAACACAAAAUUGUGAUGAUACAAUGAAAUAAAAUGUGACGGUAGUACACAAAAAACUGA